CCUAAGAGAUUGAGUCAUUGAGAUUGAGUGUGAGAACUGAGGUUUGAUGGGGAACUGAGGUUGGAUUUACGAGAAGGGGAAGACGAGGGAAUGAGGGGGAAUGGAAAGUGAGUCUUACCAUUAGUAAAAAUAUUCUCUUAUCCAUUUCAUAGUUAUAGAAUAUAUAACACGUUAAAAUCUAAUAAUUUAAAAAACACAGAAUAAGUAAGAGUAGCUCAAAAGAUAAAAUAACUCGAAUGUAAUGUUUAUAACAUUUUGUUACUCACAAAUGACUAAAAAUAUAUGAUAGAUGUAUAUGAUAUUGAUGGCUAAAGCAUAGGUUACUUUUCUUGCAGACACAUCCUAUGAUGGCUAAAGCAAAGAGACUUUUUCGUUUCGAUAACAGAUGGAUCAAAUGUCGGAAGCUGAGUUAAUAAUCACUUAUGCUUGGAACCUAGAGGUAGCAGGCUCAAUUCAAUACUGCCUAUUUAGUAAGCUUCUGCGAACUAGACAUGUGUUGGUUGGUUGGUCUAGAGGAGGAACGUCUAACUCAGCAAGGUUAAUAAACGACCUAAACCGCGCACUAAAAGAGGCUAGAACUAAUGCUUUGGUAAACUGGGCCUUAGUCAAAUCAUUGGAAAAAGAAUUGACUGUCCAAUAUAAUUGGGAAGAAAUAUUUUGGAGACAAAAAUCCCGAACUAAUUGGCUACAAGGUGGGGAUAAAAAUACCGCUUAUUUCCAUAUAGUCACCGCAGCCAGACGACAAGCCAAUACAAUUUGGGGCCUGGAAAAUUCCCAAGGGUCAUGGUGUACUGCAGAACACGAGAAAUUGAACAUGGCGGUGGAUUACUAUAAAGACCUCUUUCUAACACAAUGUAUGUCCACAAUUGACUUAUCCCACCUCCAGGUAGAAAAAACAAUGGACGAAAUCCAGAAUCAAAGUCUAAUCGCUCCAAUAACUCAAGAAGAAAUUAAGAAAGCGGUGUUCAGCAUAGGCAAAACACAAGCCCCAGGCCCUGAUGGAUUUACGAAAGGUUUCUACCAAAAUUAUUGGGAGCUAAUCAAUCAAGAUGUGAUCCAAGCAGUAUUGGCUUUUUUCCAUUCUGGGCAUUUACUAAGGUCCUUCAACCGUACUUGGAUAUCUCUAGUCCCCAAGGUAAACAACGUAAGAACCAUGAAAAACCUAAGGCCAAUCAGCCUUUGCCAAGUGAUUUACAAAGUCAUAGCAAAAAUUUUGGCAGAUAGACUGAGUAGAGUGCUACCCGGGAUCAUAUCCCAAACACAAAACGGGUUUAUCAAAGGGCGUCAAAUUUCUGAUAACAUCCUCAUCAGCCAUGAAAUGGUUCAUCAUCUCAAAACUUCAAAAUCCAAGAAAAAAGGUGGAUGGCAGUGAAGUUGGAUAUGGAGAAAGCAUAUGAUCGUAUAGAAUGGCCUUUCUUGUUCGAAAUGAUGAGGAUUCUUGGUAUACAUCCUAGAUUCAUUUCUUGGCUAAAAGAGUGUGUCACUACAGUGUCAUACUCGAUUCUCAUUAACGGUUCCCCAUCAGAGUAUUUUAGACCUUCAAGAGGACUAAGACAAGGAGAUCCUCUAUCGUCUCUCAUUUUCGCCAUCUGUGUCGAAGGAUUUUCUAGUAUGAUAAGGAAAGCUACCUCCGCAGGAUACCUUGAAGGAGUCAGAAUCCGCCCUAGUUGUCCGAUAAUUUCCCAUCUAUUUUUUGCGGAUGACUCAUACCUAUUCUUAUCCGCCUCGCCGGAGUAUUGUACAUCUCUCCUUUCCCUUCUUCAGGCUUACGAGGAUCUGAGCGGUCAACGAAUAAACUUAAAUAAAUCAGCCGUCCUUUUCAGUCACAAUACAGACCCUUCCCAAGCUCAAAUUAUGGGAGCUCAAUUGGGUGUUGGUACCAUAGGAGAACACGACUCUUAUUUAGGCCUACCAACUAUCUUAUCUAAAUAAAAAAGAGAGACAUUCCAGUUCAUGGAGGAGAAGCUUAUUAAGAAAAUACAAGGGUGGAAACAAUGAUCACUUUCAAAAGCUGGGAAAGACAUUCUUAUCAGAACAUCGGUCACUAAUAUACCAGUUCUAGGUAUGUCAUGCUUCAAGCUCCCCAAGGAAAAUUGUAGGCGCUUAAACAGUCAUAUCGCAAAAUUUUGGUGGGGUACGACACAAAAUUCAGAACACCCAAUCCACUGGUUGUCUUGGAAAAGCCUAGCUCACAGCAAGUUCCAUGGAGGUCUUGGAUUCAGGGACUUUGAAGCCUUCAAUCAAGCGUUGUUAGCUAAACAAUGUUGGAGAAUAUGGACCAAUCCAAAUUCAUUACUCUCCCAAAUAUAUAAGGGUCGAUACUUUACCCAAUGCUCGGUGUUGGAAGCAUCAAUUGGUUCAAACCCUUCGUGGGGGUGGAGAAGUCUACUCUUUGGAAGAGAUCUGCUCCUACAGGGACUAAGAUGGCAAAUAGGCAAUGGGCAAAGAACCCGAGCAUUCAUUGACAAAUGGGUUCCGGAAGAUAAACCCUUAACCCCAAGUACUCGACCCCAGAUUCAAAAUAGAUCUCCUAUGGUAUCUUAUUUCAUAUAAGAAGGUCGAGGGGAAUGGGACGUUUCAAAACUUGAGAAUUGCUUUGAACCUCAAUAUGUUGAUCUCAUAAGGAAAAUUCCUCUUCCUCGAUGAUCUCAGCAAGACAUUAGAAUGUGGCAUUAUUCCAAAGAUGGAAAAUACACAGUAAAAUCGGGUUAUCACUUAGCUCUGGAAAUAACAUUGGCAACAAGUCGAAAACCGAUAGUGCAUAUCAUCGAUCCUCCAAUUUGGAAAAAGACUUGGAACAUCCAAGUUCCGCCUAAACUCAAGUUCUUCAUAUGGCAAUGCCUCAAAGUCAUACUUCCAACAGCAGUGACCCUUCAAUCUCGUGGAGUAAACUGCCUUAAACGAUGUCCUGUCUGCUGGAGACAUAGAGAAAGUAUUGAACAUUUAUUCUUCAGAUGCCCCAUAGCCAUUAGAUUGUGGACUUUAGUGGGAUUGAGCAACUUUAUUGAGACCGCCCAGACUGUUAACUUUAGUCUAUAGUCGCGACAUGUCAUGGUCUCCGAGACCUCCCCAUUCCACAUUCUCCAAUGCGUUUGUUUACUUUGGAGAAUUUGGAAGUCUAGAAAUGAAGUGACCUUUGAAUUUACCCAACCUCAUGUCUGUUCCCUAGCCAGACAGUUCUACAACCAGGUCCUCAAAUUCUCCAGUCUUCUUUCCCCCCUUCCUCCCCGCAGCUCUCUACCACCAAUCACGCCUGCCACCACUUGGGUCCCUCCUCCAGAAGGUUUUUUGAAGAUCAACGUCGGCGCAGCCGUCAGUGCCUCCGGGUGUUCGUCUGGGCUUGUUAUCCGUGGGUCAAACGGGCAUGUGUUGUUGGCGAUCGGGUUGCAGCAUCAAGGAAUAGUCAACCCUUAUCUGGCUGAGUUGCUAGCGCUCAGGGAUGCUAUCUCCUUUGUGGCCUCCAGAUCCUUUACCCAUGUGAUAGUCGAAGGUGAUUCCGAAGUGGUCGUCAACCAAGUCCGUCAAGGCGUCUCAGAAGACUCGAUUGGUGGUCCGGUGCUUCGAGAGUGUCUUCAGAUCCUUAGCUCUUUGUCUGUUUGUAUAUAGUUUAGGGCGGUACCUAGAUCCGCCAACAGUGCUGCCCAUAGAGUGGCGCGUAAAGCACUGCUUUUAUCUCUUGUAGAGCUAUAAUCUUUUGAUUUCUUGGGGUGGCUUCUUUAGAAUCUAUUAGGGGUCCUGGGUAGAAUUUUAAGCUUAAUUAUUUUUUCUCAUUGAUAUCUUCGUGCAAUUGGGUUUUCCAGUCGGGGCCAUGGCAUUUCAGAGGUAAUAUGAUUUUCUUUCGAAAAUGGAAAUCAGGUAUUCAACCAGUCGUCCCUAAGGUAGAAACUCUGCCGAUUUGGGUUAGGAUUUGGGGUCUCCCACUUGAAUACUUAGCGCCAGAAGGUUUGGAAUGGGUGGCAAGUAUGAUCGGUCGUCCACUCUGGAUGGAUCAGAAGACGAGGGUAGGGGGACAACUAGGAUUUGCUAGGGCUUGCGUUGAGCUUGCUGCUGAUUCCUCUUUCGCGACCUCUAUUCGCAUUUAUCCAAAUGACGAUCCUCCGUUGGACAUCAUAGUUGAAUACAACAAUUUGCCUCAGGUUUGCAAGAGAUGUAGUAUGUUUGGGCAUAAUUGUGAUAGAGGUCCUCAGAAAGUGUGGGUUCCUAAGAAUCAGAUUACUGUGGAGGCUCAAGAAGAGGUGUUAGUUGAGGGGGUGGUCGAGAAGGCAAAUACAUAAGCCAUGGCUGAAAAUGAUGAGGUCGAUGUUGAGGCUUUUCUGAAUGAGGUGCAAGCUAGUGUCAUCCAGAGUGUUCUUAGUAGCAUGGCUGAUGAAGUGAUAGGACAGUCUCAGGGGGCUGAUGAAAAUGGCUCUGCACGAGCUGCUACCAAUACUGGGGAUUUAAAAGGGAAGAAUACUGUCUCUCCUUUAUCAAACGAGGGGACUUGAGUCAGCUUUGCGGAGGUUGUGAAAGGGUCAGCAGCUUCGGUUGGGAGCCCUAGCACACCUCUGCAAACAUCUGUGGGGACUAAGCCAUCUUCAAGUGAAGGGAGCUUACAACCUAAGAUAACUGCUCGGGUAAACUUGACAGGUUCUCGAUUUGCAGUACUGGACAAGGAGAAUAGGAUCCCCCCGUGUAUUUGGAUUGAACCUCUGGAUGGAAAGAUUAAGAGGAAAGGGGGGAGAGGUGGUGGUAGGGGGAAGGGCCGCAAAUGAAAAUUCUCUCUUGGA